GGCGGGGACGCGCCGCGGGUCUUUGUGGCUGCUGUGCGCCGCCGUGGCUGCUCCCGCACGGGCGCCGGGUCUGAGCAGAGGCGGUGGCCCGUCCCGUCGAGGCCCUCGACCGCCGCUUUCCGCGGGACAGCCCGGUGGUGCCCCUAAGGCCUGCGCUGACUCUGUGCUGUAACCCGGAAGCGAGUAGCAGGGUGAGAGCGGCGGGCUGCCGAGGAAGCCAGGAUCCUCCCCCAAGCACAAAGCUCAGUUAUACUAAGGUUUCUGUAAGCUAUUUCAGCCCAGACUGGCUAUGGAAUCCAGAGCAAUUUCAACUUUAAAACCUCAGGAUCAUCAAGAAGAAGAAUUAAUACUAGUAAAAAUAGAAGAUAGCUUUUCUUGGAGUCAGAACUGUAAACAGAAUGGAAGCACCCAAUCUUGCCAAGAAUUGUUUCGCCAGCAGUUCAGAAAAUUUUGCUAUCAUGAAACACCCGGGCCCCGAGAGGCGCUGUGCCGACUCCAGGAACUUUGCCAUCAGUGGCUGAUGCCAGAGCUGCACACAAAGGAGCAGAUCCUUGAGCUGCUAGUGCUGGAGCAGUUCCUGAGCAUCUUACCUGAGGAGCUGAGGGCAUGGGUCCAACAGCAUGGCCCAGGAAGUGGUGAGGAAGCUGUGAGUCUGCUGGAGGAUCUGGAGAAAGAGUUUGAUGAUCCAGGGCAGCAGGUCCCAGAUAGUCCACAAGGACCAUCAGUGUCAUGGAAAGAUUUGACAUAUCUCAGAGAAUCCCAGGAUUCAACAAGCAUCCAAGUCCGGCCUCUGAAGACACAGCUAAAAUCCUGGAAACCUUGCCCUUCCUCUAAAAGUGAUUCUAAGAAUAAUGAAACAACAGCAAAAGAGGACAUUUCAGAAGAAAAAUCACCGGGACUCUCUUGGGAUCCUUCAUUUAGAGGUGUUAGUGAGCACAAAAGCAAUUUAGAGUGGCAGCAGAGAAGUUCCCCUCUCCACAGGGGUAGUUUUAGUCAAGUGAUCUUCACACACAAAUCCUUAGCAAAGAGAGAUCAUCAUGAUGAAUCUCAAAGAUGCUUAAUUCUAAGUACCAACUCUGUAACAUGUCAGAAAGUUUCUCCAGAAGAGAGACCUUACAGAUGUGAUAUAUGUGGGCACAGCUUUAAACAGCAUUUCUCUCUGACACAGCAUCAGAGGAUCCAUACUGGAGAAAAGCCCUAUAAAUGCAGCCAGUGUGGGAAGGCCUUUAGUUUGAGGUCAUAUCUCAUUAUUCAUCAGAAAAUCCAUAGUGGUGAAAAAGCGUACGAAUGUAAUGAAUGUGGAAAAGCCUUCAAUCAGAGCUCGGCCCUCACUAGACAUCGGAAAAUUCAUACAGGUGAGAAAGCUUGUAAAUGUAACGAGUGUGGCAAAGCGUUCAGUCAAAGCUCUUACCUAAUCAUACAUCAGAGAAUUCACACUGGAGAGAAGCCCUAUGAGUGUAACGAGUGUGGGAAAACCUUCAGUCAGAGCUCAAAGCUUAUUAGACACCAGCGAAUUCAUACAGGAGAGAGACCCUACGAGUGCAGUGAAUGUGGAAAAGCUUUCAAGCAGAGCUCAGAGCUGAUCACCCAUCAGAGGAUACACAGCGGAGAGAAACCCUAUGAAUGUAGGGAGUGUGGAAAAGCCUUCAGUCUGAACUCAAACCUCAUCAGACACCAGAGAAUUCACAGUGGAGAGGAACCCUAUCGGUGUAAUGACUGUGGCAAGACCUUCAAAAGGAGCUCAGCCCUUGUUCAGCACCAGAGAAUCCAUUCUGGGGAUGAAGCUUAUAUAUGUAAUGAAUGUGGGAAGGCUUUUAGGCACAGAUCAGUGUUGAUGCGCCAUCAGAGAGUACACACUGUUAAGUAACUUAAUACAAUGAUUCAUAAAUAGUUUAUUUUUCUCUAUAUUAGCCAGAACGUUGACUUUGGAGCAGGAUUCCACAAAGGUAGUUUUAAAAAAACAAACGGUCUUUAGUCAGUCUAACUUGCUAUGUGUAGCACUUCCUGAUGCCACUGCGAAUUUUCUUCAAAACUUCCUGUGAUUGACCAGAGCAAGAUAAAGGACCAUUCCUUUGAGCUUUGCUCUUAACAUUAGGAAUACUCAGGAAAAAAAAAAAAAAAAUGUAAUAUUGAGACCUCAUUUUCCAUGAGAACGUCAUGGGAAAAGGCUUCAUCCUGUCUGUCAGUACAUCUGAUUGUCUGUACCAGAUAAUAUGAAUGACAUGAGAGACUGCUUAAGAAAUUCAAAAGUUUUUUACUCAACAGCAGCCAGUCAACAAGAAAAGUGAGCAAACAAUUUCACUGAUGAUUUGUUGAUCCCAAGCCAGGCUCAAAAUAAACUGAGCUUGGGAAGAAAAAGAUACAAAUUAGUUUAGACAACCUGAGCGCCCUGUCCAUUCCCCACCUGUGUACUGGGUAUUGAACUUAGGGCCUCACAUGCUAGGCAAGUGGUCAGUUCUGUUAUUUUUUUAUACCGGCUUUGUGCCAGUGACUAGAAAUAAAAUGAAAGAUAUUUCUACA